AAAUUAUGUUUUAAUGAAUAAAAUAUGCAAAAAUAAAAUUAUGAUCUCACUGAACGAAUAAACUUGUUAUUCAAAUGAUAGAUAAAACAUUUGCAUUUCUGCAAAAUAAUAUAUGCGUAGUACAGUCACACGUCUAUUUAUAAACCAAUAAUUUUCAACGGAGUUCCAUUAACUAUUUAUAGUAACGUGUACAUGUAUAGGCUUGAAGUGUAUAUAUCGCCGAUGUAAAUAUUAUCACGCCGUUGUGUAUUCAAUUAAAGGAUAGUGUGCUAGGCAGAUCACAUGUAUUACACACAGACUAUGUACCCUUGGAAUUGGACCGAGGGGCUUUCUAGGGUGGCAUUUAGCCCACGAUCGUCAUCAACAAGUUCUCAAGAAGCUGAUUCUUUGGAAGGUGAAACGACUGGAGUUAUUAAAACUGAUCACAAUAAACGUGGCCGACCAAGGGCGGAGAAAAUUUCAUCUCUUAUUUUGGAGGGUGCUUUAUCAGUAAAUGGAAUUAGAUGCAGGGUGUGUUCACGGGUUUUCCCGAGGGAAAAAUCCUUACAGGCUCAUAUGCGUACUCACACAGGAGAAAGGCCGUAUUUAUGUGAUUUCCCGGGAUGCGGCAAGUCAUUUUGUCAGAGUGGACAGUUAAAAACGCACCAACGUCUUCAUACUGGAGAAAAACCGUUUGCCUGUUCCAUUGAAGGAUGUCCGAGCCGAUUCACACAUGCCAACAGACACUGCACGGAACACCCAUACGCGAGUUUACGGCGCAUUUCUACACAGGAACAGCUACGUGAUAGACUUGGCAUUAUAAAGUCGUCUGCAAAUCAGUCAGUCACAGAAUGGUUAACAAGACACUGUAUGCAGAAAGAUGAAAUUGCGGUGGCCCCAACUCAGCCGGAAAAAAAGUUGAAGCGCGAAUCAUCAAUUUUGCCUCCAGCUACACCAGUUGUUCAAGUGCACCACAUAGACGUUACACCAAGAACAUCAUCAGAUUACCCCACCCGCUCACUUACAGUUCCUCGCUCACAUACAACAGAAACCACAUAUUCACCGAUGAUUGUCACUCCACGUUCUCCACUCACAUCAACAUCAUUAAAUGUUACGCCACCACCUUCACUUUCAGCGUUCGCGUCUGUGUCCACAUCAUCAACAUCAAAUUCGUCAUCGGCGUCAGCGUUACCGUCAGUUGCAUCAUCAACCACAUCUUUAUUACCGUCAGUGUCAUCCUCUGUAUCAAAUAAUAUAUGUGCAAUUACAAGUGACAAAUCAAGUAUUUCAACAGGGCCUACUCCAUCGAAAUUUGUGAGCAGGUCGUCCAUGGGUCACCGACCAUUCAAGAAGGAAGCAACAGACAAAUGGGUAUCAGCUCUUGCACUUCUUGAGCUUGCUCAGGGAAGUUCUUAAAUUAGUGUAUUUGUUUCACAAAUAUAUGGAAGAGUUUGUUGCAAGACUGUUGUGACAGGUUAUACAAGUCCAUGAAAUUUGGUAUGCCAGAGUUGCACUGAACCUGGGAUAAUAGAUC